UUCCUUGUUCUUUUAAAAUAGGGUUAUACAUCAUUUUGGAAUGACUGUAUAUCCUCUGGAUUACGUGGCUGUAUGUUAAUUGAAUUAGCAUUGAGAGGAAGGUUACAACUAGAGGCUUGUGGAAUGAGAAGAAAAAGUCUUUUAACAAGAAAGGUGGUCUGUAAAUCGGAUGCUCCAACAGGGGAUGUUCUUCUUGAUGAAGCUCUAAAGCAUGUUAAGGAGACUCAGCCUCCAGAGACAGUCCAGAACUGGAUUGAGUUACUUAGCGGUGAGACGUGGAAUCCAUUAAAAUUGCACUAUCAGUUAAGAAAUGUACGGGAACGAUUAGCCAAAAACCUGGUAGAAAAGGGUGUACUGACGACAGAGAAACAGAACUUUCUCCUGUUUGACAUGACAACACAUCCUCUCACCAAUAACAACAUUAAGCAGCGCCUCAUCAAGAAGGUACAAGAAGCCGUUCUUGACAAAUGGGUAAAUGACCCUCACCGAAUGGACAAGCGCUUGCUGGCCCUCAUUUACCUAGCCCAUGCCUCAGAUGUUUUGGAAAACGCCUUUGCUCCUCUUCUGGAUGAGCAGUAUGAUUUAGCCACCAAGAGAGUACGGCAGCUUCUUGACUUAGACCCAGAAGUGGAGUGUCUGAAGGCCAAUACCAAUGAAGUUCUAUGGGCCGUGGUAGCUGCGUUCACCAAGUAACUGUCAGAGUGGAAUGUUUCCUUUUUCUCACGUGAAUCGGUAGCUUUUCUUCUAUUGACUUCUGGUUUUCUGUAGUUUGUACUUUCCCACACUAAUAAUUGGCUUUUGUUCUACAAAAUGGUGGGUGGCUAUUUCUUUUUGUAUGUACGCAGGAUUCUGCUGGUACGAGAGGCCUUCCUCUUUCUGUUUUAAUCAACCUUAUUGCCAUAUUGGCACUCCAUUCCCCGUUGCCAUUUUCACUGUUACCUGUUUGGGUUUCUGGUGUACUUUGACUAUCAGAGUACCUCCAGUCACCUCAUUGCACAGCUUUUGGAUUACCUCAGCUUGAGUUUUCCCACAUGUGCAUAGUCACCUGGCAUUCUGCCUACAAUUCAGACAAGUCACAACAAGGCCUUCAACUCACCAAAGGUAAAUAUCUGUAUCUAUUAGGACAUUUUAUACAUAGACCUCAGUUGAGAUGUAUACUUAGCAAAAUUAUUUUUAAAUUGAAACAGCACAGUAAAUAGGUAAUAUAAAACGCCCCUUGGAUUUUGCUUCCUGUGUAAAUCUAUUGUAUGAUUACACCAGUUAUAAUUUUAGCUAUUAAAUCAUAAAGGUCCAAUUGUUUCACAAAGCCAGUUUGAGAUGGGCUGCAUUCCAUUUAUGCUGUAUAUAGUUUGAAUUAUAUAUGAAUCACCCCUUCUUCUGGCCACCUCUGCCUCGUCUUAGUAUUUUGCAAAAUUUAAUUGUGCACCUGGUGCCCCUCACUUGGCUUCAUUCAUUCAUUGUUAUUUGAUGGCAAAACAGACCUCUCAUCACUGAAGGAGAGAAGAUGUGUGAUUUGUUCAGGGCUCUUUUUGAGCUGUGCCCCUCAUGGUACUCUGCCUGUGCAUUUCUUUUGGGGACUUUUUUUUUUUUUUUUUUUUUUUUUUUUUUUUUUUUUUUGUUGUUAUGAUUUCUGUAGGAAAGAGGCUUGUGACCAGUACUAAUCUUGAGUACUUUCCCCCCACUUUUUUUCUGUCCUCAAGUAAAUUAAUGUCUGCUCCAAAAUAUCAUUUAUCUACGCAUCCUUUCUGGAGGAAACAAAAGUCAGAUAUCAGUCCUAGCAGAUGUUGCAUGUAAUUUGGUAGCAAGUAAUGAUUGCAACUCAGAUGAUUAAGAGUUUUGUAACAGAAAGCUCUGCUAUGUUUUAAUUUUAUAUACAAUUAUGAUAAUUAGCACAUCGUAAGACUACAAACCUCUGCUUUUUAAUGUUGAUUUUAUUCUUUAUCACUGUUUAUGUACCAUUGGUUUCAUAAUGUAAAUACUAUACAUUGAACAAAUUAAUUGUCAAAUUUUUUAUUACCAUAGUUCAUGUUAAUAGUGGGGCUUUCAGGUGUCUAGAAACUUUUGGUUAACAUUUGAUGCAAAAAUACUAGAUGCAUAUUAACUUUAGAGUUGAAUUUUAAGGGACUCCCUAAUAUGUAUACUAUCUUUUUAUCUGAAGUAAUAAAUAAACUAUGAUCUUGAAAGUGCCUGAA